AUACGCAAAAAAUCUUGGUGAAAAUCGGCGGCGUGCAACGGUGGCGCCCAAAUCACGUUUACUCGGCCACACUGACGGAAGUGUGCAGCUGCCAUUGUGGUGGUCCGGUGUCGGGUGUUUGUCGCGAGAGUGCCGCCGCCGCCGCCGCCGCCCCCAUGAGAAUGCUGCGGAUGCCCGAGAUGGUGGACGGGGACGAGAAAGGCAAACUCUUUGUAGGGGGCUUGUCUUGGGAGACAACCCAGGACAAUCUUCAACGCUUUUUCUCUAGAUAUGGCGAAGUCAUCGAUUGCGUUGUUAUGAAAAAUGCAGAAUCAGGCCGUUCUAGAGGAUUUGGUUUCGUUACAUUUUCAGAUCCAGCCAAUGUAAAUACGGUACUUCAAAAUGGCCCACAUACACUAGACGGAAGAACUAUCGACCCGAAACCAUGUAAUCCAAGAACUUUACAAAAGCCCAAAAAGGGCGGAGGUUAUCCGAAGGUAUUCCUAGGGGGUUUACCUUCAAACGUGACGGAAACCGAUCUGAGGACGUUCUUCACUCGGUUUGGAAAAGUUAUGGAAGUUGUUAUUAUGUAUGACCAGGAGAAGAAAAAAUCAAGAGGUUUUGGUUUCUUGUCGUUUGAAGACGAGGAGUCAGUCGACCGCUGCGUCUCCGAACACUUCGUGAACCUAAACGGCAAACAAGUCGAGAUCAAGAAAGCCGAGCCUCGUGACGGCUCCGGCGGUAAUAAAAUGGGCGGUGCUGACCCAUCGUCAGCUUGGGGUCCACCGCAAGCGCCCAUGGGCAUGAUGCAAGGUCCCAAUGGUCAAAUGGGCGGUCCUCCGAUGAAUUUGGGCGCUCCGAUGGGGCCCAACAUGAUGCAGGGUUACCAAGGCUGGGGCACAUCGCCACAGCAGCAAAGUUACGCCAGUUAUGGUACACCGUCAGGUCCUGGCUCGUACCAGGGAUGGGGUGCUCCGCCGGCGCCGCAAGGACCGCCCCCACAGUGGGGCAAUAACUAUGGGGGACCGCCGCAACAGCAAGGCUAUGGGUCGUACGGUCCGAGUGCUGGGAGCGGAACGAGCUGGAACAGCUGGAAUAUGGCGCAGAAUAGCGGAUCCACAGGUCCGUCAGGUUACAUUGCAGGCGACAUGUACACCCGUGGUCAGUCAGGCCCCGGCGGUCCGGCCACCCCCAGUGCGCCGCCAAACAUGUCAUCGUCGGGCGGCAGCUCGAAGCCCGGCUCCGAUUACAACUACGGCUACGGUUCGUAUGCGUCGGCGGCGGACGCCGGCGGCUACGGCGCCCCGCCGCGCUCCUACGGCAGCGACGGCAGCAGUCAAGUGAGCGGAUACUCCUCCCAGCCUCCAAACGCAGUUGGAAUCGUGUUGGCUUGAUUAACAUGAAGAGAGCAGCCGGACUGGUCACUCCCGCCAAAAUCAAUUAUUCUGAUUAGAUUGACAUAUGAGAAAUCGACGGGACACAUAAUAACACUCACAUGCACACACACCGUCUGACUUUCGCAGCUAUUUUUACUUUUUCUUUUAUUUAUUGUCAGGAGAGCACGCCCUCUAACGGCAGACCGACAACCUUGCCAGAGGACGCUUCCGACACACACUAACUAACACUACAGACAGACAGAAGUGUUGACUAAUUUUAAGCACUGCUCAAGUUGUUAUUAAUAUUAAUUAAUAAAAUAGUGUAAAUUCAAUUCUUACCUCAUAUCUCUAUUUCAAAGUUAGAGUGUCUGCGUGGUUGCUGUGGCUAACAAACAAAAACCGAAAAAAAUCGAGAAACGACAAUGUGAUUCUUAGUUUGUAGGCAAAACUUCCCUAAGUUAAAUGCAUUUACAAUAGUGGUAAUAACGAACGUAUUUAAUAUUUAUGAUGUAGUCCUGGAACGGAUCACUUGAUUAUUGUAAGUUGAACGUGCUCUAGUCCCAUGUCUCAAUAUCAAAUCGUAGGUGGCGUCCUUGUACAUAUACUAUAUAAAUGUAUUUUAUCUAAGUUAUGCAAAUUGACCAGCAGACAAUCUAUCCAUAAGGAGUAAAUAAUUGUAAGUUAAGGUCACUAUUAAUAAUUUUAUAUAAUAGCACACAACCACCUAGCUAAGUAGGACGUAAGAUCUGGCUGUACCUAGUAAUAGACCUUGUUUUGUUUUCUUUUUUUAAAUUAUGUUACGACUUUUAGUUUUAAUACGCGACCGAACGUCUGGCUAUAAUGAGACUUUUUCAAACAUCACAUAUCAAAAGUUUGCGCUUUUGAAAAAGGUUCGUUCACUUAUAACGGACGUUUCCGACUCGAAUCAUGUACAUUUUAUACUUUUUUUUUUUUUGUAAACCUAUUUAUUCUAAUUUUAGUUCGAUUAAAAUUGAGUUACACCGAAACUUUGAAUUAGGGGUUGUCAGGGGGGAGGGGCGCGAUUCGGAUUAAAUAAGCUAUAACUAAUAGAUUAGCAGUUAACGAAUUCAUGGUGAUUUAUAUUUAGUAGAAGUAUUCUGUCUGUCUGGGCCUCAUGUGUCUAUCUAAUCAAGCGAGUAAUUGGUUCGUUUGUUUUAAGUGAUCUUCUUAUUUUUUAUUUAAAAAUUGAGUGUGACAAUCUACAUUAAGCAAUGUUUGAUAGCAACCUAGACGUAACUGAUAUUGUUUUCUAGUUUUAAUUGUAAAAUAUUCCUCGGUUAACGCAGACCAAUACAAUUUUAGAAGAAAAUCAAGUUGAAACAAAAAUAAAGCGCUCUUUUUAAAGUAGGUCGUAGUGUGUUACUUAGUAAAGAUGAUUAUUCCCUUUCUUCUGUGGUGGGGGAGUUGUGUAAAUAAAUACGCAUGACACAUUCUAAAAUGACCGAUCGUCUCACCCAAAAUUGCACAUUUAAAACAAUACCUAAGUUGCCUUAUUUCCAAACUUUGUUUCACGUCAGUACAAAAGAGUUACAAGCUGGGGGCGCGUCAUAUUACGAUACAGGGUGUCCACCGGUUUUGGGUGCACCCGGUAUAGCACCUUCGACAGUUUGCCCUCCAGUGUGAGUUGGGGGAUUCCCGCGAAAGCGGUACCCACAUUUCUGAUACUUUGGCGCGAAAAUCCCAACAAGUAUUGGAGGCGUCGUUCGUACUACACCGAGUGCACCCGAACAAUAAGUCACAUGACCGGGGUCCACCCCCCAAGUGGUGUUGUCGCCCAAUCGUGGGUAGUGGGUGGGCGGUGCUUGGGGCGUGGCGCAGUCAUGUGACUCAGUCGGGGGUGGGGGUAACGCCGGGCGAAAGCCGCGCCAACGACCAAUAAACAGUGACCCGACGGGGGUUCCCCAAGGGUCACGGUUUAUUUCGGGGGAUGGGUGCGUGGGGGAGACCCCUCACACUAAACCUCUGGAAUAAAUCAUAUCGUGUCAUAAUUACCAUUAAAAAUGCAAACACAAAAUCAUCUCUUUCAUUUUUCAUUAAACAAUCGACUAAAGAAGAAAUAGCCUUGCUUCUGGCGUUGGAGACGCGUCUCUGGCGUCAGAGGCGGCCAUUCUUCAGUCGGCGCGCAAGUGAUAAGGGUUGGUUGUUGGUGAUACGGCCGUCACUUAUCACUUGGGUGCGAUUCCGAAGGUUGUGGCGCGAGGAGUAAGCCGGUGGUGCUGGUUUAAGGGGGGGGGGGACGAAAGAAUUUUUUCGUUUGGAGGUCAUUCCGUGUUUUUGGACACUGUGUAUCGCUGAAUAAAUGUACACACACGAAUAUAUUAAUAUACAUUUAUGCCGGUAACUAGUUAUUAUUUAACGUAGUCUUAGCCAGUAAUACAAAAUAAAUCGACAAAAUAAUAUAUAGAAUUAUUUAUAAAUUGUAUUUUAUAUUACAAUAUCGCUGAUAGUUAAUUGACUUGUUAGUGUAAUAAUUAAAUUAAAUAGAGGAGUAAAAUUUAGAACAAUUUGACUGAUGUACAGAUACAGAAUAAGUUUUUAAAUUUUAAACUAUUAUACAAUAAUUAUUGAAGAAGAAAGCAUUACCUUAUAUGAUUAGGGCCUUUACUAUAUAUAGUGCAAUUCCUCAUGUGGUUUCCUAGUGAGCCGAGUUUAUGUAAGGCGUUUCCGCAUUGGUUUGUUGCUCAAAGAUAUUAUUUUGUAUUAUGUUACUUAAGUAAGAGUUGAAAUCGUAUGUCAGCCGACAAUGCUCUAUUAAAUAAUAAUAAACGAGAAACAGAUGAAUUGUAUAUUCAAUAUAUGAGUGUGAGCUGUAAGUGUAAAUUGUUUUCUAAUUCUUAAGUCUGCUAGUUAUGAAGAACGUGUUAAUUAAUAGUUAAGCAACCGUUGAUAUUGGCGUAACUGUCCCUCUUUUAACUUCCUCCUCCCAUGUUAUGAUCCUCUGCCACUGUAAAUCAGCUUCGCAGUUAGCUGUGUACUGCACCUGUUGCAAGCAAUCUUCAUGAUCAAUAAGCCUGUUAAGUAUUGUAAAGGUUGUCGAGGUCUACUGUAGUAGCGUUGUUAUAGUCUAUAACAGAACUAAAUAAAAGAUAACUUGAAACAAGAGACCUGGUUAAAUAGUGUCGUUUAAGGAGUAUAUUAUAAAUAUAUAUAAUAUAUACAGUAGUGCAUUUGUAUCGGGGUAGUUAAUACUUGAGUAUAUUUAGCGUGAAUUAAGAUGUCUAUUAGUUUUAACAGAAUACUUACAAAAGAAUUGUACCUACCAUUAUCUUUGAUUAUUCGAUAAUGAGUAAAAUAUAAUGCUGAAAAAUGUAA